AUGGAGGAGAGCAAAGUGGAAAAGGAGUUGCAACUCUGUAGGGUUAGAGGUGAGGGUCUGCGCAAAGCGUUGGAUGAGGUUUACGCUUACGCCUCUAAUAUAGUAGAGGCGAGGAUCAGGGAGUUAGAUUCCAAGGAGGUUGAGUUGAGAGAUAGAGCCUUUGCAAUUGAGGAAAGAGCUAAAAAGGUUGAAGAAGGAGAAGCUCAGCUUGUUGAUUUAGAGAUGAAAGUUGAAACAAAGAGGAAAGAACUAAACUCUAUUAAGAAUCAGGUGGAGAUUUGUGUAAGUGAGUCUAAUGCUGAAGAAAUGAGACUGUCUGAGCUUAGGAGAUCUGUGGAAGAGUGUGAGGCAGAGAAAGUUUUAAAGGUGAGUGAGCUUGGGGAGAUGAUGGUUGAGAUUGAUUGUAAAGGUGAACAGUUAGGACAUAUGGAGACUGAUCUUGAGAGGUGUCAUGCUGAGAUCAGCGCAGAGAUGGAGAGUUUGAGGAAGUUGGAUGAAGAAGCUGAGAGGAAGUUAAAGGAUCUCAAAAUGGUUCAAGACAAGGUUGAGGAAUGUGAGAAGAUGUUUGAGACACGGUCAUCUGAACUUGUCUCUAAAGAGAAAGAGUUGAAAGUGGUUAGUGAAAAGAUUGACUUGAGGGAGAAGACAGUCAUGUCCCUGAACAAUGACAUGAAGGAGGCUUGCCAAAGGAUGGAAACAAAGGGAAAGGAAUUAGAGGAUGUUAGAAGGGUAAUUGAGGAAAGGAGUGCACAUUGUGAGUCACUCAAGUUGUUGAUUCAGGAACGGAGUGAAGAAGCUGUUUCUAAAGUGAAGCAGCAUGAUGAGAUAAUAGUUGCUAUUCGUAACUCCAACGAGGAACUUGAUUCUGUCAAGAAAAAGAUUCAAGACAGCUUGAAAGACUUUCAAUCUAAAGAGGAGGAGCAAGCCAGGCGUGAGCAAGGACUUAAACUGAAAGAGAAAGAGCUUUGUGCUAGGGAGGAAAUGAUUAAUAAGAAGGAUCAGCAAUUGAAAUCAACAGAACAGAAGUUGGGAAAAUCCUCUAAGAAAACUGAGCUGAAAGCAAAGAGACAAGGCAACAGGGUUCAACAAGUUGACUUGGUACGAGAUGCUAAUGUAUGCGAUGAGAAAACGAUGCAGUUACUCUUACGUGGGCAUCUAAAGAAAUAUGAUCAGCUUCACCUUGAUGUUCUCUCUUCUGUUAAAAGAUCUUAUGACCCAGCAAAGCUUGUGUUAGACACAAUAAAUGGGCUCUACGCUGCUCACCAAAGGACCUCAGCUAAAAAUCUUGAUACAAAGAGUGUUCAAAGGAGUAGCAUCUUCUUGCUGGAAUGCUUGAUGGAUAUGUCAACAAAACCCACAGCUGAAGUACAAGGAGAAGCUAUCAAGUUUGCCACUGAAUGGAAGAACACAAAUCUUGUUGAGGCAGAGAAUCCAGUGGAGGUGUUGGAGUUUCUACACUUUCUUGCUGCAUUCAGUUUGGUAUACACUUUUGAUGCUGACAAAGUCCAAAGUAUUUUUGAUGUGGCCUUUCUUAGAAAAUACAGUCCGAGUCUAUGCAAGGCUCUUGGAUUAUCAUCUCUAGCACCUGUCAACAGUGUGCCAUCACUAAAUGAACAGCAGCCAAUCAUCAAUAGUAACGAUCUCUACUCCUCGGAUGUCCAACAAAGCAUAGCUUCAUCUCAUUUGCCUAAUGAAGAUUCUCUGAGGGACUUUGAGGGCUCAACUUCUUUUUCGCAAAAUGAAAAUCCAGGAAGGUUUGUUCUAACCUCUGUGGAGGAUGCACUCAAGGAUGCUCACCAGAGAGGGGUAUUGAGUUUAGAAGAGCCUGCACUUAUGACUUUGGUUCCUCUUUUGGAGGAGAUGGAACUUGUUGUAAUAUCUACUGAUCCUGAUCUAGAUUCUGAGGCAACAAGAAUGGCACAUCAAUGGGUUGGGAUGAUGGGAGCUAGUGAAAAAAAGUCAGAACUAGAGGUUUGGGCUUUUCUGCAGUUCAUGGUGGCGUUUGGAUUGGUGAUUCAAACUAGACAGGAUGAGACUUUACAACUUGCCUCGCGUGUUGCUCAUUUCAGACAGGCCCCAAAACUCUUUCAGUCUCUUGGUCUCAGUGAUGCCAUCCCAAAUUUUGUCACACAGCUCCUUGACAAAGGCUUAUAUAUUCCUGCAAUCCGGUUUAUGUUUUACUUCAAAGUGGAGAACAACUUUUCUCCACUGGAGUUCUUGAAGGAACAGAUCAUCAAUCUCAGACGCUCAGCUCAAGAAAAUAGAAGAUAUGGAUCACAGGCUGAAGCUAACAGAGAUGCUGUUACACUGAGAGACAUAAUGGAACUCAUUGAAGACUUCAAAGCUCAUGCAUUUCCACUCAUGGCUCAAAUCCGAACCUUCCAAGUUCCAACAAGCUUUGGUGAGGCACCAAACCAACCUGUUAAUGUAGAAUCAUAUCAAGCUGGUGAUUCAACUGCGUUCCAAGGUCAAUCUUCACAUCAAGCUGGUUUUAAACGUCCAAGGGUGGAUCCUGAGGGUUCUAGACCUUGCUCUAAUCCACCACCCAGCUUUGGCUAG